AUGAUUGCCUAUAUUAUCGCUAGCCGAGAUGGCCUAGCCGUCGAUGUAUUUGAGGCCUGCUACCCUUUAACAUGCCUUGAUCUCAUAGGCCUUCAGGUUAACGAUUUCAUUACUACGGAGACUGGCCUGAUACGGACAAGUACCUCGGCCAUCCGGCUACAGAAGUACCUACAGCCUCCUCAGCACAUACGAAUAUCUGCCAAGGAGGGCCAACGCGUUGUUAUACGCUGCCCUGUCAUUGGCUCUGUGCAUUCUGGUAUUUCGUGGUAUCGACUUCCUAGAGAUGGCAAACAGUUGUUGAACUUAACCAAACUGGCACUGUCAUCAACUAGUCUGCAAACUUUCCUUCUGCCAUCCGGAUUGCUGGCUGAACAUAUGGAGCAGAUGAAUCUUAGCUGGAUGUACAGUCAGUACAGGGUGAGUGUUUUGGUGGCUCUGUUAGGGCUGCUUGUCCCCUUGUAA